AUGGCUGUUCCAGUCACGGCUGAAUGUGGACAUUCAUUUUGUUAUGAUUGUAUAUAUCAAUGGUUUUCAAAUAAAGUGAAUUGUCCCACAUGUCGUCAUGAAAUUGAAAAUAAACCAACUUUAAAUUUGCAAUUAAAAGAGAUUUGUAAAAAUUUAUUAGAUAUGAUUAUUGAUUCUCGAUUAGAAAAUCAUGAAAUAUUGAAAAAUCAUAAAUUAGAAAGUGAGAAUAAUUAUAAUUUGGAUGUACGAAACAAAUCCUUAUUUGGAGACCUAUUCAAUACAACAGUAACACUAAUUGAUACUUCUGAUGGUGUGCCAAGAUGUGGCAAUUGUCAUUGGGAAGCACAUGGACCAGUAUGUCAACAUUGUGGUACUCGAUUUAGAAUUAAUCCUCAGUCACGUUUUGGAGUAGGAUAUGAUGAUGACGAUGAUGAAGAUGAAGAAAAUUUCCAGGAUGUUAUAGCUGGAUAUCAUAGAGCAAUUGAUUCAUAUGAUUCAGAAGAUAGCUUUAUUGACAGUCGAACAGCUAAUGAAAUACCCGUUGAAAUCAGUAGCGAUGAUGAUGCUGAUGCUGAUGCUGAUAGUAAUAAUAGUGAUGUCCGUGUUCAUGAAUCUGAUGAUUUAAGUAGUGAUUAUAGUGCCAAUAGUGGUAACAAUUCACUCCUAUCUGAUGAUGAUGAUUAUCAUGAAUUGGUAUUGAAUGAUCAUGUUGCUGAUGAAUGGCACGGAUUUGAAAGUGCUAGUUCGAGCAUGAUUGAUAGAGCUAUUUCAGCAGAUUCAGAGAAUCAAAGCCAUAUGCAUUAUGAUGACUACGAUGAUCAAGAAAGUCAUACACAAGAAAUCGAAGAUGGAGACGAUAGUCCUGAAAGAUAUAGUUUAUCUCCUUCACCAUCCAGUGAUAAUGUAAUACAAUUGAGUGGAAAUGAAGAUGAUUCAUACUAUGAUUCUGAAGAAGUACGAGAAGCUUUAGAAGAUAUGGAUAAUCUUGAAGUAAAUAUAAGUGAUGACGAUGAAUUUACAAAUGGUUACGAUUCAGGCGGUAUGGUGAGUGAAUUAGAAGGAGAUUUCAGUGAUGAUGAAUAUUAG